UAUGGCGGCCGCUCCCGGGCCGGUAACGGAGAAAGUUUCUACUGAGACUGGCUUGUACUAGUGUGUGAGACCUCUGGCCCUUGUUCCCUUAGGCGUGGCACUUCCCCGUUCCUUGUCCUAGGUUCUGCCCCAAAGGCCUCCUCCCUCCUUUUACUUUGUAGGCCUGCGCAGGUCGAGAGAGCAUUUGCGGUCGUCGAGCCAGAUCACCACAAACAAAACCUCUACCUGAGAAAAUGUUGAAAUAGGAGUUGCGGAUACCUUGGAUUUGUUGGAUGAAAUACAAGAAACUAAUUUUUGUAACGUGGGAAAAAAGCCUAAAUUGUCAGAUUACAUGUGUAAAUCACUGCGUUACUGCUUUAGUCAUUGUCUUUAUUUAGCAAUGACAAGACUGGAAGAAGUAAAUAGAGAAGUGAACAUGCAUUCCUCAGUGAGAUAUCUUGGCUAUUUAGCCAGAAUCAACUUACUAGUUGCUAUAUGUUUAGGUCUUUAUGUAAGAUGGGAAAAAACAGCAAAUUCCUUAAUUUUGGUAAUUUUUAUUCUUGGUCUUUUUGUUCUUGGAAUUGCCAGCAUACUCUACUAUUAUUUUUCAAUGGAAGCAGCAAGUUUAAGUCUCUCCAAUCUUUGGUUUGGGUUCUUGCUUGGUCUUCUAUGUUUUCUUGAUAAUUCAUCCUUUAAAAAUGAUGUGAAAGAAGAAUCAACCAAAUAUUUGCUUCUAACUUCCAUAGUAUUAAGGAUAUUAUGUGCUUUGGUGGAGAGAAUUUCUGGUUAUGUCCGUCAUCGACCCACCUUGCUAACCACAGUAGAAUUUCUGGAACUUGUUGGAUUUGCCAUUGCCAGCACAACUAUGUUGGUAGAGAAGUCUCUGAGUGUCAUUUUACUUGUUGUAGCUUUGGCCAUGCUGAUUACAGACCUGAGAAUGAAGUCUUUCCUAGCUAUUCCAAACUUAGUUAUUUUUGCAGUAUUGUUAUUUUUUUCCUCAUUGGAAACUCCCCAAAAUCCAAUUGCUUUUGCAUGUUUUUUUAUUUGUCUGAUAACUGAUCCUUUCCUCGACAUUUAUUUUAGUGGACUUUCAGUAACUGAAAGGUGGAAACCCUUUUUGUACCGGGGAAGAAUUUGCAGAAGACUUUCAGUUGUUUUCACUGGAAUGAUUGAGCUGACAUUUUUCAUUCUUUCAGCAUUUAAACUUAGAGACACCCAUCUCUGGUAUUUUGUAAUACCAGGCUUUUCCAUUUUUGGAAUUUUCUGGAUGAUUUGCCAUAUUAUUUUUCUCUUAACUCUCUGGGGAUUCCAUACCAAAUUAAAUGACUGCCAUAAAGUAUAUUUUACCCACAGGACAGAUAACAAUAGUCUUGAUAGAAUCAUGGCAUCCAAAGGGAUGCGUCAUUUUUGCUUAAUUUCAGAGCAGUUAGUUUUUUUCAGUCUUCUUGCAACAGCGAUUUUGGGAGCAGUUUCCUGGCAGCCAACAAAUGGAAUCUUCUUGAGCAUGCUACUAGUCGUCUUGCCAUUGGAGUCCAUGGCUCAUGGGCUCUUCCAUGAAUUGGGUAACUGUUUAGGAGGAACAUCAGUUGGAUAUGCUAUUGUGAUUCCUACCAACUUUUGCAGUCCUGAUGGUCAGCCCACAUUGCUUCCACCAGAACAUGUACAAGAAUUAAAUUUGAGGUCUACUGGUAUGCUCAACGCUAUCCAAAGAUUUUUUGCAUAUCAUAUGAUUGAAACUUAUGGAUGUGACUAUUCCACAAGUGGACUGUCUUUUGAUACUCUACAUUCCAAACUGAAAGCUUUCCUUGAACUUCGGACUGUGGAUGGACCUAGACAUGAUACUUAUGUUUUGUAUUAUAGUGGGCACACCCAUGGGUCCGGAGAAUGGGCUCUAGCAGGUGGAGAUAUACUACGCCUUGACACACUUUUAGAAUGGUGGAGAGAAAAGAAUGGUUCCUUCUGUUCCCGGCUUAUUAUCAUAUUAGACUGUGAGAAUUCAACCCCUUGGGUGAAAGAAGUGAGAAAGAUUAAUGACCAGUAUAUUGCUGUUCAAGGAGCAGAGAUGGCAAAGACAGUAGAUAUUGAAGAAGCUGACCCACCACAGCUUGGUGAUUUUACAAAGGACUGGGUAGAAUAUAACUGCAACUCCAACAAUAACAUCUGCUGGACUGAAAAGGGACGCACAGUGAAAGCAGUGUAUGGUGUGUCGAAGCGGUGGAGUGACUACACUUUGCACUUGCCAACAGGAAGCGAUGUGGCCAAGCACUGGAUGCUACAUUUUCCUCGUAUUACAUAUCCAUUAGUGCAUUUGGCAAAUUGGUUAUGUGGUCUGAACCUUUUUUGGAUCUGCAAAACUUGUUUCAGAUGCUUGAAAAGAUUAAAAAUGAGUUGGUUUCUUCCUACUGUGCUGGACACAGGACAAGGCUUUAAACUUGUCAAAUCUUAAUUUGGACUCAAAAAUGGGAUUAUUGAGAGUUCAUAUUACCAACUAUCACUAACUUGCCAUUUUUGUAUACUGUAUUUUUAUUUGUGGAAAAUAUUUUGCUACUUCUGUAGCUGCUCUCACUUUGUCUUUUCUCAAGUAAUUAUGGGAUAUGUAAGGUGUCAGGAAUAAGCAUUAUUUUAUACUAAAAGUAUGUAGGGAGUCAUAAAUGCUGACUCUGGAAAAUAUGUUAAAAAUAACAUUGCACUUUCAGGAAUGUUUGCAUUUGCCUCUGACUAGAAAGAAAACAGUUGUCUGUGCUCUGCAAUGGUCAUUGAAGAAUUACUAAUGCCUUAUUUUCUAGGCAAACAUUAGCGAAUGUACACCAAACAAAUUUGUUUACUACUUUAAGAAAACUACCAAUUGACUAACAGAAGAUUGUUUUUUGUAAACAGUAUAUUUGAAUCUGUGAACAUUUGAAGAACUAUAAAUUCUUAGAAAAAGAGGCCUGCCCAAAAUAAAUGUAAAAUUUGCUUAUAUUUGAUCACAUUCAGAUGUCUUGGUUGUGAUCUAUUACCAAUAAAGUGGAGAGACUCGAAUUGCUUUUUAGAUCAAAAUAGACUUUAGGUAGGUAACCAUAAGAGAUGAGAGCCUUCAUGCAUUGGUGAGGGUAUCUGAAAACGUUGAUAUUUUAAAAGUCUUUCUCAGGGUAACUUAAUGUUUUCUAAAUGAACAGUGUUUCAAGCUACAAAUUUCUUCUAAAUAAAGUAUCUUUCUUUUCAAAAAGUACUCAUAUGAAAGAAAUUUUAGCAAUUUAUCAUUAACUGAUUAAGUAAAUUUUAAGUAUUCAGAAAAGAUUUUGAUCUCUAUGGAGUUAAUGCUGUGCCAUGAUAAUUUUUUAAGUCCUCAUUUGUGAUAACAUUUCCCACCUCCCUCAACUGAAGGUCAAAGAUAGGAAAAAGGUCAUUUUUUUCUUGUAUCCAUGUAUUGUAUUAUGUAAAAAAGUAUUUAUCUUGGCAAUUUUAGUUACAUAUAAUGGUGUCGUCGUAAUUUUUAAAACAUAAUUCACUGUUUUGUCUGAAUAAAGCAGACGCUGAUCACAGUGUCUACUAGUUAUUCACUUCUUAUUCCCUUCCAAUUAUCCUUACAUUCUAAAUUUUCACAUUUGAGAAGUAACAGGAGGGGAAUAAAAUUAAAUGGGGAGAUAAUCUAAUCUUUGUUCUUUAAAUGGUGUGAUUCAAACCUUUGAAGGCAUUUUUCCAGCCUUGCAGAAGAAAUAAUGCCUCUACCAUUUUCUAUUGGUGACUUGAAAAUUGAAGUUUUAGUUAGGAAGAAGUCAAUUAGCAUCAGGGAAUUUGUAUACCACUAUCUAUGCAGCAUUGUUAUAGUCUGAUAAUUUCUAUGUUUUGAAUUUGAUUUUCCUAAUGCUUUAAAUAAAAUUUUGUUAAAAAUAA